GUUGAUCAAAGUAGUCUCGGCCAUUUCGGUUUGUGUUUUCACUGCUAAAUUGGUAAAAUGUCUCAGCCUGUUGCUGCUAAGGCUCGUGUUAUUAAGAUCCUGGGCCGGAUAGGAGCUUGUGGCAUCCAUACCGAGGUCCAGGUGCAGCCGCUCGACUUUCCCAAGAUGCAUUUUCGUCGGAGUGUCAAGGGACGCGUUCGCAUUGGGGAUAUCAUCGAUUUCGUGGACACCGAAUUAGCAGGACAGCCGUCGUGCAGGAGCCACAGUAAUUUUGGUGAAGUGGAAUCCGCACUGAAAAUGCACUUUCAGGACACCAAAGGCAGUAAAACUGAAAAGUAACGCAGAUUAAAUUAAACUCUUUGAAAACAAGCGAUAAAAUUUGGUCAGGAAU